ACACCAAAAUUCGUAACUACACACUGAUCAAAAUCAUAGCUACCUAGUGAAAAAAUUGACACCGUACAAACCUAACAAAAACUUUAGCUAUACAAAAAUUGCAGGUCCUUUUUCAUAACUACAGAGGUCUGUGUCAGCACAACUGUCAACAAUCACUCAAUGAUGAAGUCAGUUUUCAGGUUCCUUCUGUUCCUGCCACAGUCAGUGGGUACCACCUUCAGGACAUGUCUCCCAGAACUCAACCCACUCACCACCACUGGACUGGAGCCUGCAGUCAGGACACCACAACUCACCACUAGCUACCUGGAAACACACUCAGUAGCUACACAGACUGUGGCAUACACUGGUAGGGGUCCAUCUUGUCCAGGUAACAGAGGUAGCCGUGGACAGGUCCCCUCCCAGUGA